AUGGUCCGCGCAACCACGCUGUUUGCCGCUACGGCCGCGCUGGCCCUCAAUGCCCACGCCGAGAGCAUGUACUCCAAGAACAGCGCCGUCGUUCAGAUCACUGGCAUGGACUAUGACAGAGUAAUUGCGAAGUCCAACUACACGUCUAUUGUCGAAUUCUACGCGCCAUGGUGCGGCCACUGCAAGAACCUCAAGCCCGCGUACGAGACGGCCGCCAAAUCCCUCGCCGGCAUCGCCAAAGUCGCCGCCGUCAACUGCGAUGAAGAGAUGAACAAACCCUUCUGCGGGAAGAUGGGCGUUCAGGGCUUCCCCACUCUCAAGAUUGUUCGACCCGGCAAGAAGCCCGGCAAGCCUACGGUGGAGGACUACCAAGGACCUCGUUCGGCCAAGGGAAUCGUGGACGCUGUCAAGGACAAGGUCCCCAAUAUCGUGAAGAGGGUAAACGACAAGAAUCUCGACGAAUGGCUACAAGAAAACAAGGACACUGCCAAGGCCAUUCUGUUCAGUGAGAAGGGCAUCGUCAGCGCCACACUGCGCGCUCUAGCGAUUGACUUCGCUGGAGUCGUUUCGGUUGCGCAAAUCAAAAAGUCGGAAAAGGCGGCAGUGGAAAAAUAUGGAAUCACCGACUUCCCAAGCUUGGUCUUGAUUCCCGCGGGUUCCGACACACCCAUCAAGCACCAAGGCAAGGCUGACAAAGCAGCAAUGGUUGAAUUCCUCUCUCAGGUCGCCCCACCUAACCCCGAUUGCCCACCUGCCAAGGAGAAGAAGUCCAAAGCUAAGAAGGACACCAAGAAAGAGUCCAAGUCCUCCAGCAAGUUUGCAAAGGCCUCAGCUUCACACAAGUCCGCAGAUUCAUCUUCAGCCGCCGCCUCAGCCACAGAUGAGACUGUCGAGGAGCCGGUUGUGCCCACUGAGUCGCCUGAUCCGAAUGUCAAGGAUGGUGAUACACCCAACCCAAUCGAAAUCCCAGUCGAAGAGGCCAAGCAGACAAUACCUCUGGUUACAGAAGCUGCCGAGCUUCAAUCAAUGUGCUUGACCGAGCAGAGCAAGACCUGUAUCCUGGCACUGCUUCCCAAGGACGAGUCUUCCGACGCUGCAACCACCGCCAUUGCAUCCCUUGCAUCAAUUCACAGGAAGUACGAUGCUUCUGGCAGCCAUCUCUUUCCCUUUGUAGCUGUGUCCUCGACAAAUCCACUUGCUGCAUCCCUGACCACAGAACUCGGCCUGGGAAGUGCAGAUGAGGUCCACCUCAUUGCCACCAACGGUAAGCGCGCAUGGUACAAGAAGUACUCCGGCAGCUCUUUCGGAGCUGACGCAGUCGAACAAUGGGUCGAUGCUAUCCGCAUGGGUGAAGGUAAAAAGGAGAAGCUAGCCGACUCCCUCCUGGUUGCUAGUGAGAAGCCAGAUCCGGAAAUACCUGGUCAUAAUGAGCUCUAG